GCACAGGCCUGUUAAACGCUAGCGAUAUAUCGCAUAGCAAACAUAGCUAAUAGCAGCCACACAACCUAGCGCUAUAGGAUUUGCAAAAGACGAAAACAGUGAAAGCGGUUGCAAAAAAAGCAGGCGAACGGAGAUAAGAAACAAACCACACAAAAGUCAACGCAAGCAGCAGCGGCACAGCGUCAACUCAGCGCUAGCCGCUGGGGCUGGUUUUAAAUGGAUUAAGCGUUGCUCACUUACAACCACAGAUAAUAAUACACAGGGGGAAGCGAAGCGUAGCGCGGAACGGAACGGAACGGUGCGGAGCUGAGUCGAGUCGAGUCAUGUCUUCGGCGGUCAACAUACAGAUCGUAUCGAUGCCGAACCUGGCCAAGAUCGAGAGCUUUUUCAAGGAUGUUAGCUAUCGCGAGACAAUCGAAUACAGCGCCAAUUUCAACACACGCCUCUGCAUCGAGCGACGAUUGCGACUGCCGUUCCUCGAUCCGCAGACGGGCGUUGCACAGAAUCACUCACAGCUGUUCAUGGACAAGCGACAACGAAUGCCUGGCUUUCGCCAGGGCCAAAUCUACACUUAUCCCGCGGCCCGUUGGCGCAAAAGUCGCCGCCAAUACUUGUCCAAGAUGUACGGGUGUACACACAACCGGUUUCCCGAGCGACCAUUUCAGGCGCUGCGCAAGGAGCACGAGGCACUGGUGGCCAGUGGAAUCAAUAUUGGUGGCACUGUUGCUAAUAGCAGCGCAGCCACCGUCAGCAUUGGCAGUACGAACAGCAGCAGCUCAACGCUUAGCCUCAGCAUGUUAGCUGGUAUGGGCGUGGGUGUGGGCUCGGGAUCAAGCGCUGGAGGCGCAUCGACACCAACGCCGGUAGCCGUGCUAAAUACAAUGCACAAUGAUACCACGCAUGAUUUUAAUGGGGCGUUUAGCAUGGAGGAGUCUUGUUCGCUGGGAGCUGCCGGAGGCGAUACAUCCGACAGCAAGGACAGUCAAUUGCAAUCACAACAACAUCAGCAGCAGCAUCAGCAAUCGAAAGAUGAUCUGCCAAAGGAGUGGUUCUACGAUGAAAUGGAUAUGAAUGAUGUGGACUCGCUGGAGGAGCCCAAAUCACCGGCAGACGAUGAAUACGACUAUGAUCCGCGAUAUGGUAAUAAAAAGCGGCGCAAACGUCGGCCGGGCAAGCGUUCAACGAUCCAUGCCAUCGGCGAAACCCCAAACACUGCCAGCAGUAGUAACGCGCGCCGACGAAGCGCCGUGUCGCGAAUGCGCAUCGGCACCACAGAUGCGGCGCUGGACGCGUCACUGGAUGCGAUCGAGGCGGGCGAAAUUGGUGGCACACCGACCACGAGUGGCAGUGGUGGUGGUCGCCGAUCUCGCGGCGCUGGCACACGAGGUCGGCGACGUGCCAAGGGUGCCACAUCGGGGACAACGACAACGGCGGGCGCCAGCGGCAUGCCCAGCAAUACAUGUGAUCCGCCCAGUCCGGGCCUCGUUAAUGAGCCGCCAUCGUUUGAGAGUGCCGCCGCUGCAGUUGGCGUUAACGUUGGCGUCGGUGUUGAGGAUGGCAAUGCGCAUUUGCGCAAUUAUCGCAAGUAUCUGUAACGCAAGGAUCGGCACAUAUAGGUUGCAUUUUGUUGUAUGGACGAUCGCCACCACCACCCCCUGACUACACCAACACCUACACCUACAUACCCUACCUAUCAAUCUAUAUCAACAUCUAUGUAUCUGUUCAGUGCAUUCGUUUCUUUAACGGUGAUUACUAUAUAUUUUCAACAUAUGUAAUUUAAACGUUAGUUUAAGGCUUAGUUUAUUAGUUCCUUAUGCGAGUCCAACACCCGACCGACCAGACCAGACCAGUCAACACCAGGACACAUGCACAUACAACCACCAAAACACAACCAAGCAGGCGUAGAUAAAUUUUUAUUCAACUGGUAACUCUGUCGCCUAUCUAAUUGUACGUUCCCAUAGCCAAUUGAUUAUUGAUAUAUAUACGCAAAUAUGUAUAUAUAUAUUUAUAUACAAUACAUAAAAGCAACUUUACCUAAACAUUAAAAGAAUGCGGCCAACUCCCUCGCAAUCUCCAAAUUGUUUUCGUUGCCGCCAUAUGCAAUUUU